CCAAGUCUGGUGGCGUGAGCGAUCCGCGCAUGCGCAUUUGGCAUGCCUUCAAAGCUUUAUGCCGCCAAAAUGCAUUUCUAUGAGUUAGUCGUGCACAGCCGGUUGCGAAGUACGGAUCGUAUGUAUUAUAUGAUAGUCUUCGUGAGUUGAGAAUAACGUUUACUGUGCUAGAGAAAUUAAACGUGCGUGUGGCGCAUUCUUUUCAAGAAAAUAAAGUUCCAAAGCGACGUAUGUUAAAGCUUUGAUAACAUUUAUCGGUGUGCGAAAGAGUCUUUUAAAUUUUUUUAUAUUCAUCAUAAUUUUCACUAGUGAAUCUAAAAGAUUAAAUUUGUGAAACAAUUGUCAUCAAGAUAGUUUAAAAAUGAGAAAAGUUGUGGAGAAACAAUUAUCCUGGCUAGCCCUGAUUGUUACUACAUUUUAUUCAUUGGUUGGCAGUUGUCGGAGCCAAGAGUGCGGACACGAAAGGCUGGUGAGAUGCGGAAGGCCUUUCGAGAGAAUCAACACCAACGACUUGAGCUUCGUGACGAAGAAGGAGGAACUUCAACAGCUAUGCCCAGAUUUCGAGGCUGGCAUGAAGUGCAUCCAGACGUACACGUUCGACUGCAUGGAAGAGAAACAAAGGGAGCACUUCAACUCGUUAUACGUGGGCACCAACAAGGUAGUCAUGGAGCUAUGUCAAGAUGGCCCUUAUCAAGACGAAUUUCUUCAACACGCGCCAUGCAUGCAAAAAGUACAAUCUGAAUACGAGCUUUGCUACAAGAAAUACCAGAAAACCACUCAGGAAAUCGAAAGGAGAAAUCACACGAAUGGAUCUCUCAAAUCUCUGUGCUGUGGCUUCAAGGAAUUUUUGGAAUGUUCACACCAUACGGUCCGCCGACAAUGUGGCGAUGACACAGCUCGAUUUGCAAAGGAUUUCCUUGACAGAAUGUCGAGCUCGCUUCUCAGGGUACACUGCGCGCCGUAUACCGACGAGGUGUGCACGAUCGGAAAUAGCGGGAGCGUGUACAGGAUUCAGGCUAUAGUGAUCGUGAUGGUGGCGGUGCUCGCGACGUACUUCACGUAAGCGAUUAAAUGGCACUCGUAGCCGGAAAAAGGGGACGAUUUCCGUGCAUCACGAUGCUGAAACCGGGGGCCCUCCGUUCAUUCUCCGCUUCAGAUUCGCCAGAGUAUUUUUUUAUUUUCCAACGAGCAACCAAGGAGAAAGAAAGGAGAUAGAGGAGAGAGGGGAAAAAGAAAGAGAGAGAAAGGAAAGAAAGAGGAUGGAAAGAGGCACGUGCAUGCGAACUCUGAGUGGGUCGAGAGUAUUAUAACUGGAAUGCGGGGAACGAGGGAUACAAGAUGAAAGAGGGAGAUGAAGGGGAAGAGGAAAAACGAAGGAGACCGAUGGAAAAGUUAAGGAAAGCGAAUAAACUGGUUGGACGCGAUCAAAGAGACGGCGAGAGGAAAGUUCGCCACGUUUCUCCGCACGCGAACUUCCCCGUUGCGUUCGUGCGGCAACCGUUCUCUUUGACACAGAACGCCCGGGGAAAACAAAGAGAGAGAGAGAGAAGACGUGCUUUCGGACACAGUGACGAGCUUAAUCAAGCAAUCAGAAGGCACGUGCGCCUAGAAUUGAACGUGUUCGUUCGAUUCUCAUCGCUGGUUUCUACCCACUAGGGUUCUCGAUGCUUGAAAAUCGAUGGAACCACAAGUUGGAUCAAUGGCCGAGUUGGAAGGUGGAGGAAAAAGUCAACCGGCUGGAUCUAGUCGUGCCGUACCUUGGUUACGUUAGCUUUUAUUUAUCGAAUAGUUGCUCUAUUUGAGUAUUCGUCAUCCGUAGCAAGAAAGAAGGAAAAAAAAAGAAAAAAAGAAAAAUUACAAAAAAAAAUUCAGCUUGGAAAAAUGUGUCUCGCGUGAUAGGGAGAGAAAGAGAGGGAGAGUGUGUGUGUGUAAGAGGGAGAAAGAGAAGAAAGCGUGGAUACAUUUUUAUCAGAGGGAAGCAUCGAAUGAACGAAUUCGAGAAUGUUGAAUUCUAUUUUGAACUUCGUUAAACAAUAGUGGCACGAAGGAGAUAAAAAAUAUAUAUCGUGACACGUAAAAAAUGGAAUUUUUAAAAAGUGUCGCCAAGUGUUCAAUUAUCAAUACGACGAAAAAGUGUUUUGCUUUCUUGAAACGGGUUUAACCUCCGAAGUUAAGGAUUAAUUUCUUUAUCCACCAGAAAAAGGAAAUGGAGAAAUACGAAGAAGAAAAAGUCUUAUCCUCGACGUUUCUGUUUUCAAAGCAAACACGAGAUGAAACGAGCUAUUAUAGGGAUAACACGGAUUUUUCUAACCAAUAUUAGGUGUUUCUGAGGAUCGGAUACGUGAAGGAACCCGAUUCGCAUGAAAUAGCGACGGAGCUGCGGGGAAUCGAAAAGAAAUGUUCGUGUAGGAAGAUUAUAUUAUACGAUGUGGAAUUAUAUUAGUCUUUCUGGCCUAACUUUCGUUUCACAUCCAAUAAUUUCCCCACUUUCGAUUUUCUGUGUUUCGAAAAUGAUCUUUGAAAGUAAACAUCGAAACGGAAAAUCGUGCUUUCAAUAUAUACGUGAAUGACUAAUCAAUAAACAAGAUGACUCGACUAAACUUUUUUACCAAACGUCUGCACAAAAUCAACGAUCAUACAGAAGAGUGGACUUUAAAAGAAUCGAAUCGAUUCGUAUAUUCUAAAGAUUACGAACUGCGCGAUACUUUAUUCGCGGAUAAUGAUACAACACAGUAUUCUCGUUUAAGGAAAUCAUCGACAAUGGAACGAAAACGAAACGACGUACUCGAAAUAAAUCGUGAGACACCGUGGGAUAUCAAAGAAAAUCGACAAACGAAGCUCUGGCAUUUCGUUAUACAACGAGUACUUCAUUUUGUCUCGUUAGAAGAGAGAAGCUUUUAUUGGAACGAGCGUCUCGUGUACAGUGCUGUGCAAAUGUUCAAGAAAGAAGGUGAAUUAAUCGUUGGAGAAGAAGAAGAAGAAGAAGAAGAAAAAGGGGAAGAAUCUUUGGGAAGAUAUAGAAAUGGCUUGGUGAAAGAUUUUCGUGGCAGAGAGAACAAGUUGUUAGUCGGUGAAAACGCGAAGAGAAUGUGUUCUGGUCUCGAUUUCUACUAGUUAGAAACGGCUUUGAAUGAUCGAACGUUGAUCAACGAAGGCUCGAAUCUUGAAGAACCGAUCGAUUUUUCAUCGAUCUCGAAGAAACGCCAACAAAAUUAUAUGCCGUUUCAGAUGCGGAACAUCUGAACUCUAUAUGAUUGCUUAUGCAUACAUCGAGAGGCGGAAAGUGACAAGCUAUGGAGAUAUUCCAUCGAGAUACGUUGUUCUUCUUAAGAAAUUUCUAUGUCGAAAUAUCACCAAUUGUUACUAUCUUGAAACAUCGUUUAGAUAAUUUUAUUAGAAUAAUUUUUUAGAGUUAUGAAAAUCUUAUAAUCAUUCGUAAAUACUUGUUCUUUCGAAACGAGAUUAUCACUACAAGAAAAAUAUGGAAAUUUCGACCGAUAUUAAGAUGACUCUGUUGUUGAAGGGUUAUCUCUCCAACCCUUGAUUUUAUCGUUGGCUCAGAAAAUAUCGAGAAAGAGUGUUGCGUAAAAUCAUAGUCAUUACCUGUGCACUCGAUUGUGGAGUAUAUCGUGGCUCGGAGGUGAACUGGAAGGGAAAAAGAAGAAAGAGGAGAUGACGUAUUUUCAAUAGGGUGGAAGAGGACGCUAUUCUUUCCACGUGUUUCGGCUAUCGCCUGUAAACAGAGGGAAGACGGCGUGAAUCUUCGAGAGGUCGAUUCUUCCGUUGAAAAAGAAUUAGUUCCAGUUUAGUGGCUCGGCACAAGUUCCAUCAGACAAUGGUAGAGAUAUCUCGACGGCCUUUUGAAAGCCUAGGAAAUAACUAUCUAAAGUAUUUUUUGAAAUAUAAGUUUAUAAAAAAAAAAUCCUUAAUCUUGUCUCUGUUGAAAAAUUAUGAUUUCAAAAAAGUAUGUAAUAUGAGUUCUUUUAUCCACUAAUUUUGUGAAAAAAAUUAUUGGAAGAGAGAGAAAAUUACUGUUUUCAAAUUAAUCCGACUAAUUUCUAUCUAAAAAUGUUAAUUGAAGUGAUAGUAUUUCAAAUAGAUGAAAAAGGUGUUUUAUAAAAAUCGUUAAAGAAUUUAUUAAAAACAAUAUUAUAGAUACAGCUUUAAAAGUUUCUAAAAGCUUUCUGAAAGCUUCGACAGUUUAUAAAUGUUAAUUCAUACAGAAAAAUAUAAAGAACAAUAUAUAUAUAUAUAUAUAUACUAUAAGUAUUUAAAAGUGAACAUUUAAAUAAAAAAAGUAUAUAGUGAGACAAUAUGUAAAGAAAUAAAAAAAUAAUAAUUCUCAGAUAUAGUUUAUCAAAUUUGCACUGAAUUAUUGACUUUAACAAAAUUAUGCAUCACGCAAACAGAUAUAUCAUCGUUCUCACUGUUAAAAUAAAAAAAAAAAUACACACACACCAAUCUUAAAAUGAACAAGUAACAUCAAAAACUCGAUGGAAAAACGAAAUAACAUACAAAUAUCUCAAAAUGAAUUGUUACUCCUUACCAAGUUUGCUUAUGUAACCAACAAGAGAAAUGGGUUGAAUAAAGGAGAAAAAGUGAUAGAAGAAGAAGUAAGAGAGAAGAAACUCUAGAACUCCUUCCACUUCAUAGGAGGAUUGUUGGCCAGUUGCUUUAAAAGCAUUCUGUUACACGCCAUAUUUUUAGACGGGAAAAGAGAAGAAUGGAAUAGGAGAUAGGAGAGAAAUGGAGAAGCAAUAAGUUAUAGGAUCGAUUUCGUUGAAGCGAUAUUAUAUUGCCUCGAUGAGAAAUGGAAGUUGUGGAAGCGCAGGUGUAUCGAACAAUUGUGUAACAUUGUCUUUUCACAUUAAAGAAACGUUCGUUCUGUUUUUAAACGAUUCUCGCGCGAAAAUAAUACGAGCCAUCAUAAAACAACGUUUCUUGGAAAAGUUCUCUAACUUGGUUUCGAAUAGUGCGUCUUCCAUUCCUCGAAAUUUCAAUUUAACACCAACUUGUUCGAAAAUUACUUUUUGCAUAUUAUAUAAAAAAAAACUUGAACGAAAGAUCGAUGGGAUUGUACGAAGUUAUUCGAAUUAUUCAAACGAUUUAGACAGAAUAGAAGCAAGAAAAUUGAUCGCUUCUCGAAAUUUUCUCGUCGACGAUGAAGGAAUGACGAGUUUAAUAAUCCAGAAAAGCGAAAUUGGAGAUGCGCAUGGUAUAAUGAGAAAAACAAAAAAGACAAAAUGAAUCGACGUUAGCUGCCGAAGAAGUCUGAUUUUCGUGCACGUGCAGUCUCUGAUUCGACUUGGAACGUUCUGCAUGGCAACUCGAAACACGUGGAAUUCGAGAAAAAUUAUUUUCAUCGUCGCGCGAUUACACGUGUGACGUGUUCGUGAAAAAUUAAAAUUAAAAGAAAAUUUUGUUCCUUUUCUACUAUAAAUUGUUUAAAAUGUGAUUUUAAAUUGUAAAUGUGAUUAUACACGGUUUAAGAAACAUCGUUCACGAUGGCGUAUGUACCAUAUAAUUUCUCAUUAUUAAUUAUUAUUUCGUUCUGAUCCAAUUUAAAUUAACGAUAUCAUUGCCAUUUUUACAUUACUGAUCUAAUAUUUUUAAUAAUAGAACGAGUAUAAUCAUAUAUCUAUUGGAAGAUACAAAAUGUGCUACAUUGCACAUCACUGUGAAAUUGCAAUGAAAUCUCGUUGCUCGUUUAAAUUGGAUUUUAAAUCAACUUGUCACGAAAAUUAUUAGUAGUAUAAUGAGAAUAUUUGAUAUAUUUUAUUUUUUAAAUGGUUCUCUAUUUAUUAUUUUAAUUAAAUAGCAUUUUUGCUUGCCAGUAAGUUUCCAUAUGGAAUUGGACUAAUUUUUAAUGAUCAAUGUUCGUUAACUUGUCAGAUACAUUUUGCAGAUAGUUUUAUAUACAUGUAGAUACAAAUACAUGUAUAUGAUAUAUAACAUAUGUCGUGACGCAAAUGAUUGGUAUUGAUUAAUAGUCAAAUUUCAAAUUAAUAUUCGAGGUAUAAAAUCUUAGAACUCUUUAACAAAUCCUUUUCAUAGUUGAAAGUUAAUCGACAAUUCAAAAAAUUUUCCUCAAUUGGAUUAUCAGAGAAACUAAAAUGAUUAACGUAUUGCUCGGAAAAUUUUUUAAGAUUAAAAUAUAUGAUUAGUAUGAUUAGUAUUUAUCUUUCGAAAAAUUAAAUAAUUUGCUUUCGUUUACGAUUUAAUUUUCCAAUAUAAAAAAUCAAAAAUUAAAAAAAAAACAUUUCGAAAGAAUAUACUGUAUGCAUAAAUAUAGAUUGCGAUAUCUCAUUUUCAAGAACACUUGCUAUUAUAAAUUGAAUUCGAUAGAAACCGUAUUGUAUCUCACAGGUACAAGAGACGAAAUUUGGAAUUUGGUUACAUCUCACACAUAGGCGAUACGUGUAAUUUAUGCGUGUUUCCAUCAUGCGAUAAGCCUUGUGACAUAUCUUGCAUAUGACAAAUAGUUGCCAACAUCAUUAAUCCGAUGACUCAACAUGAAUCUUCAAUAGAACGUUAGACAUUUUUCAAUAAUGAGAAAGCUUGGUCUUUGUUAAAAGCUGCAAGAAAUAAUCCAAGUAAUAUUCUUUAAUUUCUUACGUGUAUUGAUUGGAGAGAAAUGCAUAAUUCAGUCAGUAAUUUUCUGCACCAAUCACAAUCAUAAAACAAUGUUAUUAGAACUUGUUAUUUUUUGACAGUAUAUUCGGUUACAUAAUUUGUAUAAUUUUUCAUUUAUCGUUCAUAUGAAUAUUUUGUUUUGCUAUCCUUAUAUCAUGAUUUAUUCUUAUAUAUAAAAUUAUUAUAUAUAUUAUUAUUAUAAUAUUUAUCUGAUUUAAUUAACUAUUCUGUUAUUACAUAAUUAUUAUUUGAUAUUAUUUCUGUAACAAUUUGGAAAUAAUGUAAUGGAAAAUAUGAACACAUGCAUUUCUUUAAUUUAAAUAUCUGAUUUUUGAAAAAUAUUAAUCUUGUAUUAUAAUUUUUUUCAUUGGAUUGUUAUCAUAAAUAAAAACAAACAUAUUUUUUGUUCUGAUAACAAUCUCUAUUGUAUCUAAAAAUGAUAUGAAUAAUAUUUGUCAGGUAAUAAUCACAAGGAUAAUUUAUAAAAGCGUUUAAGCUUUUAGAUUAUUUAUUAUGGAAUAUUUGUGUUUCAAUUAUUUGUAUCUAAAUUAACUUUCAAUUAAUAUGCAUUUCCGUGACAAAGUUGUGACCAAAUUCUCUUCAGCAAAAAAAAAAAUCAAGUUCAAUAUUUCUUGUUUAUAUCAACAUAAAGAUAGAGAUCAACUUUUAAGUUAAAAUUAAGAAGAAAUAUUUCAAAUAGAUGAUAUUCAUCUCUACAUAUGCAAAUAAUAUUAUAAAGCUUUGAUAUUUCAAAUGUUAUAAACACGCGAUUUAUUUUGAUUCUCAGAAAAUGGAUAUCGUAUGAAAAUUUAAGUAAUUAAAAACUUCAUAAUUAUGGUCAGAUUUAUAAAAGAAUAAAUUCAAAUAUAUCUUUUAAAUUGUUUUUAAUUCAAUCUCCAAUUAGAAUUCAAAUUGCACAAAGAAAUAUAAUUUUAAAACUUCUCAUUAUUCAAAUACUUGAUUCAUUAUUCAAAUACAAUAUUUGAACGUUUAAAAUUAAUCGAAUCCGAAUUCUGUUAUCCGAACUAUACAGUAUCUAUGGUUAUAAUAUAAAUAGAUUAUCUUACCUUUUCUCAUCAUGCAAUGGAAAUAGAAUUUAAUUUUAAAAUCACAUUCGCAAUUAUAUAUCUAUAUAUUGAAACGUAAACGUUUAUUCAGUAUUAAUCGUUGAAACGAAAUUGAAGAUAUUUAAAAAAUUUGAGAAAACGACGGAGUGCUAUAAAAUUGGCAAAAGUAUUUAUUCAAUAUUGGAAAUUCAUAUUGGCAUUAAGAAGGAUAAAAUUGAAUAUUAUUCGCAAGAUGCACAUUAUUUGAAUAUUAAAAAAUUUAAUAGCAAAAAAAAAAAAAAAAUAGAAUGUCUAAUUUUCAUAAUGAAAACAUUAUUUUUUCUUACUAAUUAUCCUAAUUUUGUUGUAAACAAACAUAUUAUUUUCCCCAAAAUAUAUAAAUAUAUUAUUCGUCUAAGAAAAGUUUGUGUUCCAUUAUCAGAAAAUUCUCGUAUCCGGGCGAUCUUGUAUCUCUUGUUAUUAUUUUGGAUAAUGAAAAUUAUGUAUUAAAGGAAAACAAGUUUUAUAUUAAAAGGGGAAGAAAUGAAUUAAAAUAUAUUAUUCUUUUUAUUACAUUAUUACAUUAAUAUUAUUAUAACAUUAUUUUCAUUCAAUGGUCUUUGCAUUCGAAUUUCGAGACGAAAAAGUAAAGCUUAGCUAGUAGAAAGAAAAACAGGUCAGCUGGUCUUUCAUCAAAUCAUCAGCGUUGUAAUUUAGUAUUCACAUUCGUGGACAUAGCAGUGUAAUUACCACGGAGAUUAAUUGACGUGGACAAUGUGCGGUCUGCGUGUCGCAUGAGUGCUCCCAUAACAUUGAAACUCGGAGAUUUCAUCGAGACUCGUUUCUGCGGCCAUUCUCUUCCCUUAUUAAAUCCUUUCAAGCUUUUCUUUGCUGCAAAUCAAUGGCGUAUCGAUCCAUAGAAAUGUAUCAAUGUAUUUUUUUUUUUACGUAUCGAUGUAACAAAUGUUCAAUGGAAGAAAAAAUAGGCUUUUAUUUUGUUUUGUUUCAUUUAUUUUUCUUUUUUUUUUUUUAAGAUUUUUUAUUUUUGCCUUUGAUAUUGUUGAAUAAAAUCAAAUACUUUGGAGAGGAUUUAUUAAAGUUAAAAUUAUUAUUCUAGUCACGAUAUUGUGAAAGGUUAAUUGGCUAUUAUUUUUUUUUUUUUUUAGUGUUACAUAUUUAAUUGAUUUUACAGAUUUCUUUUUUAAGGAAAUUGAUAUGGAAACUAAACUGCGAUACUUUUAAAUAUUCUUUUUGUGAAUGAAAAAGAUUAUUGAAAAUUGUUUACGUGUAAAAUUAUUUAAAAUUAUUUAUUAUGGUUAUGCGUAGAAUCAUUUCUUGGUACUCGGUUUUCAUAAGAAAUAGAACGUUUUUCUAUUUUACAAUAUGACGAUAUGUCAAUACCGACAUUUAUUUUCAAUAAAAUUAUCGAUUUUGUUUAUUAAUUUUGUAAGAUCUGCUAAAUCUCAUUAUUUAUUUAUUGGCUUAAAUUAUUCUUUUACAUCUACUAGUCAGACAUUUGUUAGACAUUAAAUUAUAUUUCAUCAAGUAUUUUAUUAUUAGAUCGUAAUAUGUGAAACAUAUGUCUUAAUAUAUUAAAAUAUGUCUUCGAACAUUCUAAUUUAUUUCACAUAAUUUUAUUUAUCUUUUUUAACAUUUUGUUUAUAGAAUUUUUAAAAAAUUAUUAAAGGAACAUAUGACAAAACUCAAAUGUUUCACAUGUACGAAUUAAACAAAAUAUAUAAAUUUUCAAAAAAAAAGAAUGUUAUUGAGAAGACAUGUGUAAUUAUCAUUGUUGCUUUAAAUGUUUAUUAUUAUUUUAUAUCGUAAUUAUUUAUACGAAUGAAAUAAUAUACAAUCAUAGAUAUUGUAAUAGAGUCACGAUUCCAAUAAUAAACUUAAUAUUUAUAUUUAUAUUUCCCACCGAAUUCUUGUACUCGUUGAAAAACGGUUCACGAUACCUAGUCGUAUCGAUAUUACAAUUGUAUUUGUUUUGUUAAAAACAACUUUUAGUAAAUUAAAGAGAUAUUAAUUAAUA